UCUCAUGUCGCGCCAUCUACCGUUGGCAUCACUCUCUUGUGCAUGCUGCCCAUGUGGUGAUCGUACCGGUAAACGCUCUUUGUCGUUUCAAAACAGAAAUUCCAUUUCUGACAUCUACCGUUAAAAUGGUAGAUUCAAGCAAGGUCUAUGUUGGAAAUUUGAGCUACGAUGUAGACGACAGAAGAUUAGAGGAAGAGUUCUCAAACUAUGGCUGUGUCAGAUCUGCCAAGGUGAUCACCGACCGAGAGACUGGCCGUUCGAGGGGAUACGCCUUUGUUGAGUUUGAAAACCAGGAGGACUGUCAGAAAGCCAUUUCAGGAAUGGAUGGUCAGAAUUUUGAAGGAAGAACGCUAAAGGUCAACCCGGCACAAAACAAAGAGGGAGGAGGAUACCGAGGGGGCAGAGGCGGUGGCUUCCGCGGUGGGAGAGGAGGUGGUUAUGGAGGGAGACGUGAUGGCGGCGGAUUUGGCGGAGGCAACUACGGAGGCAGUGGCUAUGGUAGUGGCGGCUAUGGAAGGGGUGGCGGCAGUUAUGGAAGCGGUGGUGGCAGCUACGGAAGUGGUGGUGGUGGCUACGGAAGUGGAGGCGGUGGAUAUGGUGACAGUGGUUACAAUGACAGUGGAUAUGGAGGCGGACGUAGUGGCGGAUAUAGCGGAGGUUUUAAAUAUUCAUUUGAACAGCUAGGUAUAUGUCAGGAAAAGCCCACGAUGGAGGCUUCCAAGAUCUAUGUGGGUAGCUUGAAUUUUGACUCGACAGAGAGCAGUUUGGAAGAGAAGUUCAAAAAAUAUGGAGCGAUAUCAUCAGUUGCUGUGGUUCGUGACAGAGACACAGACAAGUCAAAAGGAUUUGGCUUCAUUGAAUUUGCAAGUCCAGAAUCUUGCCAGAGAGCUAUUGACGACAUGGAUGGACAGGUAUUUGAAGGCAGAACAAUAAAGGUGUCCCAAGCACAACAAAGGAGGGACCGUGGUGAGGGUGGCGGUGGCUACAGAGGUGGCAGAGGAAGAGGAGGCUACGGGGGUGGUUAUGGACGCGGGGGAGGCGGUUACGGAGGGGGACGCAGUGGUUAUGGACGUGAUCGUGAUGACUACGGAGGAGGUGGAGGUUACGGGGGUGGUAGCUACGGAGGCGGUGGCUAUGGUGGCGGACGUGACAACUAUGGUGGCGGACGUGACAAUUAUGGUGGUGGACGCAGUGGGGGAUACGGAGACUCGUACGGUGGAGGUGGUGGCUACGGCCAACAAGGUGGUUAUGGAUACUAGGCUGUUCCAAUAGUUACCAGACGGGUCAGAAACUUAAGGAGAAGAAGUCUCUUUCUACUGACCGGAGUCAUCAUUUCAGCCCACAGAAGGAAGAAAUGACCACCACUAUGAUGUAUUUUUAUUCCACCUUCAGUAAAAUAUCUUUGUUGUACUCAAAGCAUACUCGUACCUGUAUAUAUAUAUAUAAUAGAUCUGAGAGUUGUGUUCAAAGCAGUUAGAGGACUGAUGCUGUUAUCUUUUGUCCAAGGAUGUUAUUUUCAGUCUUGGGCAUAGGAAAAUUGUUUUUUGCUGCAAAAAAUUAUUUGGGUUUCAAUGAAUUAUUUCACAAUCUUGCUAUGACAAAAAUUCAGCUAGCACAGGAGGUUAUUAAAGUGAGGGGUGUUCCCUUAUUUAAAUUUUAAAAAAAUUAGAUGCCAUUCAGAUCCUCUUAGAAUAACCUAGUUGAAAACUUUGAAGAGAUGUAGGGAAAAUCUGAAUUCUGAAUCUGAGUAUUGAUGGAAGGCAUUACUGCUUUUAUUUACUUUUCCCAAAUUAAUUUUUUUUUCUUUUUCUUCUACUGGUGUUGUAGUAACAUGUGGAAAAGAUUUUUUACUCAUUGUACAAAUUUAGUAA